UCAGCAGAUCGUCCCAGUAUUUCUCUUACAGCAGACACUGUGUGUAGGUUGCCCCAGGAGUCCUCUUAGAGCAGACAGUCUGUAGAUCGUCCCAGGAGUCCUCCUGUAGCAGAGUCUGCAGGAGUUCCUCUUGCAGAAGUGUCAGCAGAUCAUCCUACUGUUCCUCCUGCAGCAGACAGUCUGCAGAUCGUCCAAGGGCUCCUGCACUCAGACACUCUGCUCUAUCACUCCUCCAGAGCCCCAACACGCAAAAUGUUAAGGAGACUGCUGGUGCUGCUGCUGGUGCUGCUGGUGGUGGUGACGCUGGCUCAGACUGACUAUAAUAACUACGGUGGUCAACAUGUUAACCGUGGUUACUCUCAGGGUUGUACGACUCAAGUCAAGUACUUCCGGAGUACUAAGACGGUAACAGUGAUAACAACGGCUGUGACAACCACAACAGUAACGGCAACGGCGACUGCAACCACAACGGCAACCACAACAGCAACCGUAAACACAACGGCAACCACAACAGCAAUCGUUAACACAAUCACAACAGCAACCACAACAGCAGCCACAACAGCAACUACAACAGCAACGGCAACUACAACAGCAAGCGUGACCACAUCAUCUACCACAACAGCUACAGCAACGGUGACUUCUAUAAGCACAGCAACGGCAACUAAUACACAACUGGCGACAAUUGGUGUAGUUAAGACACAGAUUGUACUGAUACAAGAGACGAAGGGGUAUGGUGGAUAUGGUGGUGGUUAUGGUGGUGGAUAUGGUGGCUCUGGUGGAUAUGGUGGCACUGGGAAGACUUAUUACCCCUGGUAGACUCUGCCUCUGCUGCUGCUGUUCCUUGGUCAUCUCUCUCCUAAAGCAUCACUACUCUUUUUCAUUAGUUACUGCUUUAUUACAUUCAUGAGGGAAUGCUAAACCCAAAAGGGUCAUACAUCACCUGAGGAAUGGAAGGCAUAAUAAUAAUAAAUAUCUUUAUUUACUACAAGUACACGUACAAGGUAUACAGGCCAAGAUGACAUCACUGACAUACUAUAUAGAAAGCAGUUAUGCAGAGCAUUUCCCUCAAAUUAGGUCAGUUUUGUCCCAGGAUGCGACCCACGCCAGUCGACUAACACCCAAGUAUCCAUUAUUACUGAUGGGUGAACAUGGACAACCAGUGUAAUUAAACGCGCCCAAUGUUUCCAACCUUGCCGGGAAUCGAACCCGGACCUUCACAGUGCGAAACGAGAGCUUUGCCACCAGGCCACGGGACACCGUGACUGAGCUCCAUUCAAGGAACUGAAGUGCUGGUACAAAACCUUAGAUCAAGAGGUUCUUAAUACUUCAGAUUACACAAGCUUUUCUUCAAAGGAUAUUAAUCAAGGUGAAACUGUCAACCAUAGAAUUGUAAUCAAAACUAAGCACUAAACCCACCAGGGUCAUACAGCUCUGGUCAACCAUAGAAAAUGCACUCGUUCCAAAAUGGUCCUACACAAUUUUAUAAUUGGUAUUAGUGCUAAACCCAUAUGGGUACACAGCACCUGGGAAUUAUGGUUAAUUAGGUUAGGGAGGGUAAUUGCAAUCCCCUUGAUUAAGUGUCAGCAGUAUAGAGGCAGCCCCCCUGCAGGCAACUGGAAAAUUAGGGGAGCCCAUGGCUGCAUUCACCUUCACACUGAGUAUUAUAUUUGCAAAACUCUUGAAGGUAGGUUCCUAGAUUCCAGUGAAGGGCUCUUGAUCCAAAAACUGGAAAUACCCUCCAUUUCUUUGAAUUUUAUCACAUCCCAUUCCCCAAGGUGCUUCAUGACCCUUAUGGGUGCAGUACUUCCCACACAACAUAUAAUAAUAUUCACAAAAAGUGCUAAACAAGACCGAGCCAUGCAUUACUUUCAUGGGAGGAACAUUUAACCUGUAAGGGUCUCAGUGCCUGGGGCAUAAAAGAAGAUAUUAGGGUUCCAAGGAAGGGAGGGCAUCAAGGGUCAUACAGUAUUCAAGGGUCGUACAGUAUUCAAGGGUCGUACAGUAUUCAAGGGUCGUACAGUAUUCAAGGGUCGUACAGUAUUCAAGGGUCGUACAGUAUUCAAGGGUCGUACAGUAUUCAAGGGUCUUACAGUAUUCAAGGGUCAUACAGUAUUCAAGGGUCAUACAGUAUUCAAGGGUCAUACAGUAUUCAAGGGUCAUACAGUAUUCAAGGGUCAUACAGUAUUCAAGGGUCAUACAGUAUUCAAGGGUCAUACAGUAUUCAUGAGGAAGCAUUACAUCCAGGAGUCAAAGGAUCUGGGGAGUGGGAGGUAAUCAGAAUUGAUCCGAAGAAAGGGUAGCUCUAGUGCCUAGGAUCAAGAACCCUUUCAGGGGGGAGGAAGAGUUCCUUAAAGGGAGAACAUGUUAUAAUAUUUACAAGAGAUGAAAAAAAAAAAAUUCGGCAAGUUUAGGAUAAACGAAGCUCGAGUUUGUUCGGUAAAGUAAAAUAAAGUAUACUUGACAAAGUGAAUAUUCAUCAUCCUUUACUAGAAACCUCCUGUAUUAAGUCUCAGUAAAGACUGCCUCGGUGGGAGACGGCCGACUUGUUAGGGGGGGGGGGGGGAAGACUGAAGAUUAAUUUUUGAAACUGGCUGAUAAAAUAAAUUAGAUUAACCUCAUUUUAAGGUUUUUGGGAGCAGAGCACAAAAGAAUACAUGAAGUAUAUUACCAAUGAGGCAAGUACAGUGGUCUCACAAGUUACAAUAUUAGCCCAUUCCAAGAGACACAUUGUAUCUCAAAACUAAAGCCCCAAAAUACAUGGUUUUAUGGUAAUUCAUUUCUAGUUGCUGGAAGUGCAACUUUUAUUAGACAUCAGACUUGCAUGGUGACAGAUAUAACUUGCAGGCACUAUAUCUCCCCUUAUCUGCUUCUCUUAUCCACAAUAUUUAGUCAAAACAAAUGCCUAAACCCACAAGGGCCUCUUAUCCACAAUAGCAGUAGUCUUUCAAAAUCUAUGAUAAUUUCUCUUACCUUUUUCCCCCACUAGCUAAGAUCUGUCAGUCACUUUAAUAGGCUUGAUAAUGUCUUUCCUUAACAGUAGACAGAGCUGAUUGUGGAAGGCCAUAAUCACUCACCAAUGCAUCAUGUUUUUCACAAUUUCUCGUUUGAAAUUCAAAGAAAUUGACUUUUUACUGUGCACUUUAGGGGCCAUGAUGACUUAGUAACACAAAAGAUGGCAUAAUUCUAUCACAAAUGCGUAUCGUAUCAAAUUUUUCACAACUCGAAACUGAAUUCCUUUACGAGGGCAAAUUGUAAUUCAAAUUACUGUAACUCCAGCCCAUCGUAACAUGAUAUACCACUGUAAUAUGUACAUAUUUACAAUACUAUAUAAUCAUAAAACCCAUAAGGGUUAAAUAUUAAAUAGAACUUAGGAAAUGGGAGGUAGUCAAGUAAGCAAUUAGAAGGAAAGUUGUAUUAAAGAAAAAAUUUAUGAUGGAAAGUUACUCCCUCUUCAGUGUAGGUG